UUUUUUAUUAUUUGUCAAUCUCAUUUUUUUGUGUUUUUCUUUUUUAAAAGCUGUUUCCAAAUAUUUAUGGAUUUUGAGUGAUACAUGACAUUCCUCCUUUCCUUAAUUUACCUGAGAUCCAGCAAAAAGUCGAUCAGGAAAAACCAUAUUGCCUUAUGCCCAUCUUAAAUUGCACAUUUAUUUAAUAUUCUCUCUUACUUGGUGCUGUUACUCCCUGUGCAAGAAUUAAAAACUUUUCCAUAGCUAUUGGGAUGUUUCAAUGUGCACAUACGUCUGAUUCAGCCUUUAUCUGAAAGUGGUUUUGGCACCUGGAAUACAUAAGGAAAACUCCCAGGCUGUGUCUGGUGUCGUCUGGACUGCUGCCCAUAAAUAGCUCUGCAUGAUAAAGCAGUUCUUUUGGAUGAAUAAGAGAUGGAACUGGUGCUUGUCUUCCUCCUUGUUGUUACAACUGUGUCUGGGUGUGGUGUACCCAGCUACCAGCCCAACACCAGCCGUGUGGUGAAUGGGGAAGAAGCACGUCCAUACAGCUGGCCAUGGCAGGUUUCUUUGGAGUCCUUCUUCCCCACUUGUGGAGGAACUCUUAUUGCUCCCAACUGGGUUUUGACCGCUGCACACUGCAUCACAUUUCACACAUACAGGGUGGUUCUUGCUGAGCACGACAUGAACAAGGAGGAGGGCCCUGAACAGUCCAUCAUGGUGGCAAAAAUGUUCAUCCAUCCAAAAUGGAACGACAACUGUGUGUCCUGUGGGAAUGACAUUGCUUUGCUCAAGCUGGAGAGAAGUGCUGUUAUCAAUGACAAGGUUCAGCCGGCUUGCCUGCCACAGCACGGUGCUACUCUUGCCCACAACCAGCCGUGUUAUGUCACAGGCUGGGGUCGACUCUCCUCUGGCGGUGCUCGGGCGACUACACUACAGCAGGCUCUGCUUCCUGUGGUGGAUCACAGUAUCUGUAGUCGAAGUGACUGGUGGGGAAGCUCAGCAAAGACUACUAUGGUCUGUGCAGGAGGAGAGAGCAAGUCAGCGUGCCAUGGAGACUCUGGAGGCCCUCUGAACUGUGAGGGCAGAGAUGGUAAGUGGUACGUGCAAGGAGUGACUAGUUUUGUGGAUGGACGGGGCUGUAAUACCCCUCAGAAGCCCACAAUGUUUACCCGUGUGGCCACUUUCAUCCCCUGGAUCAGUGAGACCAUGGCCCAAAACUGAAGAAAGCUCCAUAGCCAAAGAAGUGACUGGGCAAUAAACUGUAUCAUGGCAUUUUAAUAUAUUUGUCCUGUAUUUCAUCAAAAUAUAUACAGAUUAUUAAAAAAAUAAACAAACAAACAUUUUAACAAAUUUUUGACAACAUUCACCAUUUUAAUAAUUUGAAUAUCUGUUAUGGAAAUACAAAUAUUAUGUGUAUUUACUGUAGGUUAUUGUUUUUUAUUUGAACAGAUUCAGGGCUUUUAUUAUG